AUUCCGGUCACUCUUCUUCACUUGGCCGGUUAAGAUGUUGAAUGUCGUGUCGAAAGCUGCUGCAGGCGCCUUAAGGGCCGUCAAACCUUCUAUCCUUCAAAAUGAAAUUACCAAAAUUUCGGGAGCAUUAUCAGUAAAUAGUAGAGAUUAUGCAAAAGCUGCAAGCUCCAAAGGUGGAGCUCAAGGAAAAAUUGUUGCUGUCAUUGGUGCAGUUGUUGAUGUACAAUUUGAUGAUGCUCUUCCUCCAAUUCUCAAUGCUUUGGAAGUACAAAACCGCACUCCCAGGCUAGUCCUUGAAGUAGCACAGCAUUUGGGAGAAAAUACAGUACGCACUAUUGCUAUGGAUGGUACUGAAGGUCUUGUUCGUGGACAAAGUGUUCUGGAUUCUGGAUAUCCUAUUCGUAUUCCUGUUGGUGCUGAGACAUUGGGACGCAUUAUUAAUGUUAUUGGUGAACCAAUUGAUGAGCGUGGACCUAUUCCUACUGAUAAACUUGCUCCUAUCCAUGCUGAUGCUCCAGAAUUCGUAGAUAUGUCUGUUGAACAGGAAAUUUUAGUAACUGGAAUAAAAGUUGUUGAUCUUCUUGCUCCUUAUGCUAAAGGAGGAAAAAUAGGUCUAUUUGGAGGUGCUGGUGUCGGAAAAACUGUAUUAAUUAUGGAAUUAAUCAAUAAUGUAGCAAAAGCCCAUGGUGGUUAUUCUGUAUUUGCUGGUGUGGGUGAACGUACUCGUGAAGGAAAUGAUUUAUAUCAUGAAAUGAUUGAAUCUGGAGUCAUUUCAUUGAAAGAUAAAACUUCCAAGGUAGCUCUGGUAUAUGGUCAAAUGAACGAACCUCCAGGCGCUCGUGCUCGUGUCGCUUUAACUGGCUUAACCGUUGCCGAAUAUUUCCGUGAUCAAGAAGGACAGGAUGUAUUACUAUUCAUUGAUAAUAUCUUUAGGUUUACUCAAGCUGGUUCUGAAGUAUCAGCUUUGUUAGGUCGUAUCCCAUCUGCUGUAGGUUAUCAGCCAACAUUAGCAACUGAUAUGGGUAGUAUGCAGGAACGAAUUACAACAACAAAAAAAGGAUCUAUUACUUCUGUGCAGGCUAUUUAUGUACCUGCUGAUGAUUUGACAGAUCCUGCGCCUGCCACUACCUUUGCUCAUUUAGAUGCUACAACUGUAUUGUCUCGAGCUAUUGCUGAAUUAGGUAUCUAUCCUGCUGUCGAUCCUCUUGAUUCCACUUCUCGUAUCAUGGACCCCAAUAUAAUUGGUGCUGAACAUUAUAAUGUUGCUCGUGGCGUACAGAAAAUCUUACAGGAUUACAAAUCACUUCAAGAUAUUAUUGCUAUCUUAGGUAUGGAUGAAUUAUCAGAAGAAGAUAAACUUACUGUUGCACGUGCACGUAAAAUUCAGAGGUUCUUGUCUCAACCAUUCCAGGUUGCUGAGGUAUUUACUGGUCACGCUGGUAAAUUAGUACCAUUAGAAGAAACUAUUAAAGGAUUUAAGAAAAUUCUUGCUGGAGAUUAUGAUCAUUUGCCGGAAGUUGCAUUCUACAUGGUCGGUCCAAUUGAAGAAGUAGUAGCGAAAGCAGAAUCGUUGGCAAAACAAUAAAUUAAUUCACAGUCAUUAAUCAUGUCAUUAAAAAAUUCAAUUAAUGGAUUUUCCAAUCGAUAAAUAUUUUUCAGGAUCUAAAAUAUAAAAUGAAUAUCAAAAAAAAAAAAUACAUAAUUUGAAAAACUAAUUUAAAAUAGCAGCAUUACCUUCCACUGUUCCAUGUUUAAAUACAUUACGUUUUGAAUAUUUUCAAUAUUUCCUGUCUUCAUUUGAGCUGUCAUAUCUUUAGUACAAGGUUGAACAACUAGUAUUCCAGAUGCAUCUAUCAAGAAAAUAAUAUUUAAUAAAUAGAAAUAUAUAUAGAUUUUAAUAAUUGCAAAAACUAACAUUGUACCUUUUGUUAUUUUUAUCUUUCCAUCUCUAACAAGAAAAGAUAUUUGUAAAAUAUUUUGAAUUGUUUUUCCAAAAUCAUUAGGAUGUAAAAUUAAUUUGAAAAAAUCGAGCGGUUUGCGAUAAAUUUUAUAAUAUUUAGAGAUAAACUCUUUCAUUUUUACAGUUUCUUCUGGCCCUUCUUCUUCCUUUUCAAUUGUUACAACAUUAUCUGGUCUUUUAAUUUGUGCUUGAGUUUCCUUUAUUUUUACAGGUUUUUUUUUAUUAAUUUCUUUUUUUUCUAGUGGUGUUAAAGUACCUAAAAAUAUACAUAAAAUAAAUAUAUAAUGUAAUAAAAAAUAAAUAUUAAUUAUACAAGUUUUAUAGUAAAAUUGAAUAAAACCUAGCAAUGUACUAUAUUGAGGUGUUCUUUUAAAGCAUUUUAUAACUUGCGAUUCCAGAAGUGACCAAUCUGGUGUUUCUGGUUCGACAUCUGGAAGUUGUUUUACAUAUUGUACCUAAAUUAAAUAAAUAUAUGAAAUUUA